CAGUGAUUCCAGUAAAUUCUUUCACGCACUCAAACAACAAAAUGUAUAGCCCGCGAAGCGUUUUUUAAUACCAGCCGCUUUCCGAGACUUCCCGUGCAGGAUUCGAAACUCGACUCGUACGCCUACAUCCGGGUGGCUUCAACGACUACAUAUAUUGUACACUUUACCAUGCCAAUAUCCUUGAAAGGCGGCCUCAAACAGAGUAUACUGCACUGUCAUACGUGUGGGGCGAUGCUACACAGACACGAUCUAUUCAGCUUGGUUACCAUCAACUCCCGACGUGUGGACCUGCUCAUACAUGGUCAUCUACUCCCUCCCCGGGGGUAGAUUGCUACGAAUCAUUCCAAGUAACGACAAAUCUGGAGAGAGCAUUACGACAUCUACGAGACCGCGCUUCAGAGCGCAUACUGUGGGUCGAUGCCAUUUGUAUCAACCAGUCUGAUUUGGAAGAACGUCUGUCACAAGUGCAAAGGAUGGGCAGUGUGUACGAAAUGGCCGUGGAGGUACGCAUCUGGCUAGGGUCUAUCAGUGAUCUAUUCGUGUCAACGCCCGAUAUACAAGAGGAACUUGAAUAUUAUCAAUCAAGACAAGUUCCACUGACCAGAAGAUCCUCGUACUCUGUCUUAUCCCCAGAAGAAGAUACAGGAGCAGCCUUAAGCAGUGAAAGAAGGAUCAUCGAGAUACUGCUUGCAGCGAGGGACUACGUCAUGGGUAAAGACCGCCUGCUCGGUCAGGAAACAAGCGACAAUUGGUUUCCUGAUGAACUAGAGUCUCUCGGAAUACGAAUUAUAGCUUCGCAACCCUGGUGGCGACGCGUUUGGGUCAUCCAGGAAGCCACGUUUUCAAAAGAGGAUCCAGUCAUGCAAUGCGGCUACAUAGAAAUCGGAUAUCGCAGGUUCCUCGAAUCGGCGAAACAUUGCAUGUUUCAAGAUGCACCAUCGAUACUUUCUAGAACCCAAAUAUCCCUCACUGUCCACGGCAUGUCUUUUCAGGGAUACAACCCGUCCAAAACGUCUCUUGCGAGCCGUCUGCUUACAUACCUGAGCUGUAUGAGUGGAAAUUUUGAAGUGAGCAAUCCUGAAGAUUGGAUAAAUGGAGUGCAUGGUUUUCUCCAUAUGGGCGAUUGCCAUGAUAAUAUCUUGUUUCUCAUGACAAUUAACCUGAACGAACAAAACCUUGCUGAAUUCUUUCAUCGAGUUGCUAUUUGGAUCCUUUUUGAUUCCGAACCUCAAUCAUACCCUCUACGAAUCUUGGAAAGCGGGCCGAGUAACAUCGAGGGGAUACCAUCAUGGGUUCCGACGUGGGAAUCAAAAAAAUGGAGUGGAGAGAAUAAAACCUACGGAGCGCCAGAAAGCAAGUAUGAUAUCCUUGCCCAAGGUACUUCAAUGGGAAAAUUAUACCACCCGUCGUCAAUGAGCAUUUGCGAUAGAUGUGCUACGAUGUAUAAAGAAAAGUGGGGGGCGCCGAAAAGUUUAUUUGAUAUCGACGUACGAUGUACUGAAAUAAGAAUACGGAAUGCGUUAGCGCUGGGACGAGUGAUUACGACGAUGGAAGUUCUUUCAAUGCAAGAAAAUAAGGAUAUAGGUGUACUGCGCAAAGCAAUUGUUGAGGUCGAGGGGAGAAUCUUAGCAGCUCUGAAAUCUAUGGGUAUACCUCACGCUAAUGCGACAACGCAUAUACGAAGAUUCCGGGAUUACCUCCGUCUCAACUUCUGGGAUGUCGAUACGGGGAAAGGUUUAUGUUCAUCCGAGCAUAGCGCGACGUUGGAAGACUUCCUUCAAUGCGAAAGCAAAUCGAAGAAAAGAAAAGGUCAGCGACGCGGUUGCAGGAACGCAGCUCAUCAAGCAGAUCCCAAUGUUUUGAGUCCCUCUUCGAUUGCGAAACUAAGCAGCUUCUUUGAGCAUGUUGGUCAUCUUGUUAUUGGAUCAAAUAUCGUGGGGCACAUGUUUGAAGAUUCGCUACCUUCUUGGCGGUGCGGUGACAGGCUGUAUCUCAUUCCUGAGUGCCGCUGGGUCCUAGGUCUUCGACGUAGUGGCAACAGAUACCGGUAUAUGUAUAGGGUAUUUGUUUCUGAUCUGGAAUGGCAACAACGCAAGCAGCUAUUCGAUGGCAAAGGCAUCUAUGAGGACAUAGUACUUGUAUAAAG